AUGUUAACCUUCAAUGUAUUAGUCAGCAGGUUUAGUAUCUUAUUUUCCGAUUCUGAUGAAGUUUCGUCGGCGGUGUCCGGGAUACCAUAAAAGAUCAGAUUAUUUCUGCGAGAUCGAUCUUCUGCGUCAUCAAGACGUGAGUGAAACGCACUCGUGUCUUUUUUGAGGCGCUCUACCGUGGCAUGCAAUUCUUUCAUAUCUUUUUGGCACUGCUCGAAAACAGAAGUUUGAGUUUCGACUUUCGCUAGUCUGUCCUUUAUUUCGGACAUCGCUUCUGAAACAGACUGCUGCUGUUGCUUUACUUCAGCUACUGUUUCCAAUAUUGUUUUUUGCGCUGAUUCAAUUCUCUUUGUGCGCUCAUUCAAGUCUUUCAUCGUUUUCAGGACUUCUGCAAGAUUAUCGGGGCCAGGGUUCCUUUCAACAUCCCCACAAAGAAGAAGCAGCAAGGAGCAAAAAGGCAAUAGGACGGCUUCAGGGCACGGAAGCACGAUAGCGAAUGGAUCAUCUGAUCUGAAGCUACGACAAGGUAAUUUAGAAAGGCAACUAACCUGCAGGACGAAAAAAGAGGUGCGUAAGCCUUUGGUUCUUCCACUCAUCGUGCCUCCGUGCCCACUGGAGAGAUACUGUUCGAUGCUGGGUCUUAUCCUUUCCAGACGUGAUGACGUUGACGUCGCAGCUGCGCACUGGCGGAAUUGCAGGUGGCGCCCGAUGCGCACUGUCAGGUCCACGUGAGCUGUUGCCAGCAGGUGUGGGUCCGGAGCAGAGGCGGCAUCAAAAAUUCCGUCCAAGGGUGGAAGGUUAUCCCGAAGGCCAACCACCGAUGCGCCGGCCGCGAAGACAACGACGAACUGCAGGACGAAAAAAGAGACGUGAUGACGUUGACGUCGCAGCUGCGCACUGGCGGAAUUGCAGGUGGCGCCCGAUGCGCACUGUCAGGUCCACGUGAGCUGUUGCCAGCAGGUGUGGGUCCGGAGCAGAGGCGGCAUCAAAAAUUCCGUCCAAGGGUGGAAGGUUAUCCCGAAGGCCAACCACCGAUGCGCCGGCCGCGAAGACAACGACGAACUGCAGGACGAAAAAAGAGGCCGGCCGGCGCCGAUCGCAGCUCGGAGAGGACAAGCGAUCGGAGCAGCGACAAGAUCGCCAGCGUGGCGGCGGCACUUGCAACGGCGGGGCGGCCCUCCCCUCCGCACUCGUCGGUCACCAGCAGCGGACCGCACUCAUCGACCAACAACAGAUUGGGCGACACGGCCGCUGACCCGUGGGCCUGCGUCACGUAUGCCGUGCUCGCCUUCGUCACCGUCGCCAGCGUGGCCACGAUAGUGGCCGCAGUGGUGUCCCCGGAGACGGUGCGCAAGAUAUUCGCCUUCCUGCUCAACAUCGACUCCGGCCUGUUUCCGUGGACCGUCGCCGUGGGAGCGAGCUGAUGGCGCCUCUCAGUGUACAGCAUAAUGACGCGUAUCGCGAGGGAUGAAGGCGCGGGAAGAUGGCACGAGCAAUAAGCAAUUUCAUUCAUUCAACCUUCGUAAUUAAAAUUGCUACAUCAAAUACACAAGAAGGAAACUCGCAGUGAUGAAGAGCUUUGUUUAAUAACUCAGUAUAUAUCCGUGAGAAAAUACCAUAAA